AUGACGGCAACGUGCGCAGUCGGCCGCAUUGCGGGAUCGUGCCUCGCGAUCCACGCCGAGGCGCCCAAAGCCAGCACCAACCAGCCGUUACGAACCUCCCACGUGGCGGCGCGAAACGCGACUUGUCUGACUGGCCUGAGACGGAUCGCUUCUCCGAGUAACGGAGCUCUGCGCGCGACGACCGUCCGAUCGAGAGCGCGGAUAGCGAUGGCGGCAGCGGGAUCGGCGUCAGGCAGUGGCGAGCUGCGGUUCAGCAAGUACCAGGGCAUCGGCAACGACUUCAUCCUCGUGGACAACCGGCAUUCAUCGGAGCCGGUGGUGUCGCAGGAGCAGGCGGCGCGGCUGUGCGACCGCAACUUCGGGGUGGGCGGCGACGGGGUGAUCUUCCUGCUGCCGGGGCAGGCGGGCGCCGACUACACCAUGCGCAUCUUCAACAGCGAUGGCAGUGAGCCCGAGAUGUGUGGCAACGGCAUUCGCUGUCUGGCCAAGUUCAUUGCUGACGUCACCAACUCACACGACACCCAAACCAUAUCGAUAUCCACACUGGCGGGCGUCAUGCAGGCGCACAUGCGCGCCGAUGGCCAGGUGCGGGUGGACAUGGGCGAGCCCAUCCUGUCCGCGGCGCUCAUCCCCACCACGCUGCCCGCCACCACCGCUGACGGCGCCGUGGUGAAAGCGCCGCUGCAGGUGGACGGGGUGACGUGGCAGGUGACCUGUGUCAGCAUGGGCAACCCGCACUGCAUCACCUUCUCCAACUCACACAGCCCUCAGGGCCUGGACGUGGCAGGCAUCGACCUGCACCGCAUUGGACCCAUGUUUGAGCACCACCCCGCCUUCCCUGCUCGCACCAACACAGAGUUUGUGGAGGUGAUCUCCCGCAACGAGCUGCACAUGCGAGUGUGGGAGCGCGGGGCAGGUCCCACGCUGGCAUGUGGCACGGGCACGUGUGCCCUUGUUGUGGCGGCUGUGCUGGAGGGCCGUGCCGAGCGGAACUGCCUGGUGCAUCUGCCGGGGGGUCCGUUGGAGAUAGAUUGGAGGGAGGAGGACAACCGCGUGCACAUGACCGGCCCCGCUGACCUCGUCUUCUCCGGCACUCUUGCGCUCCGCUGA